GAUCUAAACUGACCCCCACCUCCACGACACCUUCUCAUUUAAUCUGAAUGCAGGCAGCAUUGCUAAAACCCAGAACCCAGAUGAGCGCAUCACACAUGAAACAUGGAUUCACUAUGCCUGCCACAGAGUGGGGACUAUGAUGAGAAGUAUCGCGAUAAAGAUGUCAAAGCCAGCCCUGUUCAUUCCACUCUUUCUCUGAUUGGUGAGGAGCAGGAGGACGUGGAUCCAUGGGAUCUGCCAGAACUGACAGAUACUGGGGUCCCGUGGCUAGCCCUUGAUACCAAAGGGAAGAUAUUGAGAGUGCUAGUGUCAGUCGGGAAGCUGAUCCUGCUGCUGUGUUUACUCUACAUUUUCAUCUGUUCCCUUGACAUACUCAGCUCAGCUUUCCAGCUUGUUGGAGGUAAAACAGCGGGCGACAUCUUUCAAGAUAACUCUAUUUUGUCUAACCCUCUGGCUGGUCUGGUCAUUGGUGUUCUGGUUACUCUGCUGGUCCAGAGUUCGUCCACUUCCUCCUCCAUAGUCGUCAGCAUGGUUUCCUCUGGAUUGCUUACAGUCCAGGUGGCUGUACCUAUUAUCAUGGGCACCAACAUUGGCACUUCUGUCACCAACACGCUAGUCGCCAUGACACAGGCUGGGGAACGUAGCACAUUUCGCAGGGCUUUUGCAGGGGCGACUGUGCACGACUUCUUUAACUGGCUCACUGUACUGGUGCUGCUGCCUUUGGAGGUUGCCACUGGUUAUUUGUACGUGGUCACCAAGAUCAUCAUUGACUCUUUCAGCCUCCAGAGUGGACAGGCCCCAGAUCUGUUAAAUGUGAUAACUGAUAUUGUGACUGAAUCCAUCAUACAGCUGGAUGAGUCUGUCAUUAAUGGGAUUGCCACUGGACACCUGGAAGCCAGAAAUAAGAGUCUCAUCAAGAAAUGGUGCCAAACUUUCACCAACACAACUUUAAUGAAUGUCACAGUUCCUGGCCCAGAGAACUGCACCUCUCCAUCUCUCUGCUGGAUUGAUGGCAACCUCACCUUCACAGUGAAGAACGUUUCUCACACAUACAACUUAGAGAAAUGUAAGCAUCUCUUUGUGGAUGUGAAUCUGUCUGACUUGGUGGUGGGUUUGAUCCUGCUGACUUUGUCUCUGCUGGUGCUGUGCUCAUGUCUGGUCCUUAUCGUCAAGAUGCUCAACUCCAUGCUGAAGGGACAGGUGGCUACAGUCAUCAAGAAGAUCCUCAACACUGAUUUCCCAUUUCCAUUUGGUUGGGUCACAGGUUACAUUGCUAUUCUAGUCGGAGCCGGAAUGACCUUUAUUGUGCAGAGCAGUUCAGUGUUCACUUCUGCCAUUACUCCACUUGUUGGUAUUGGUGUCAUCAGCAUAGAGAGAGCAUACCCAUUGUCUCUGGGUUCGAAUAUUGGGACCACAACCACAGCCAUUCUGGCAGCCAUGGCUAGUCCUGGAGAUACACUGGCUAAUGCUCUACAGAUUGCCCUGGUACACUUCUUGUUCAACAUUUCUGGCAUCCUUCUGUGGUAUCCAGUCCCCUUUACCCGCAUUCCUAUCCAGCUGGCUAAAGGUUUGGGCAACAUAACUGCCUCCUACCGCUGGUUUGCUGCUGUCUACAUCAUCUGCUGCUUCUUCCUUUUACCACUCCUUGUAUUCAGCCUGUCCCUGGCCGGUUGGCAGGUACUGGUGGGUGUGGGUGCACCUAUAAUAGUCCUAUUGAUUAUCAUCAUUGUGAUCAACAUGCUGCAGAAAAGGAAACCUGGGUGUCUCCCUUCAAGAUUGCGAUCCUGGGACUUCCUUCCUGUCUGGGCCCACUCCCUGGCUCCCUGGGACAAGGUCAUCUGUGUGAUAAUUGCCAAAUGUUGUUGCUGCUGCAAAUGCUGUCAAAUUGCAUCUGACAACCAAGAACACAGAGUGCAAGAAUAUGUGGAAAGGAACAAGAACUCACAUAUAGUGGAGUAUGGCAACCCUGCAAUGAGUACAGAGAAAGAAGUAGAAAAUGAGAUGAGAAUAGAGCUACAAAUUCUAAAAAUUACCAAGCUUUGAGAUUUUUUAUUGACUUUAUUGACUCUCAUUAUACAAGAACAAUUCAGACCGCAUUUUACAAAAUGUAAAUAUUACUACAUUUGAUCAAUUUUUAACUGUCAGACAAAUCCUGGAAAGUGGUGGUUCACCCAGCUGUUUGGUGGUAGCUAUCAGCUUUUGCUGAAGAUGUAAAAGCAACAAUCACAUAUUAUGACUUAUUAUUAUUACUUUUAAAUGUAAGCGAAAUUUUUAAAUUACCCCAAUACACUAUUUUUUCAUAUUGCCAUGAAAUGUUAUACAGGUGUUUAUGGUUUUACUUUUGAUUAAGCAUAAACUGACUCAAGUGGUAAUUUUUGAUAUGCAUAUACUUACUUGGUUUAUGUGUAAAUUGAAAAACAAGAGAGCAAGAGAUUUUUAAGUUUUCUCAACUUUUGUCUGCUGUUGUUGACUUAACUAAGAUUUUUGAAGUUUUGCCAAGAGUUCUACUAACUUGGAUCUUCUUGAUCACCGUAGUAGGAUAAUAGUGUGAAACUGCCAUGUAUUUCUACCUUCACCAAAUGCAUUUUUUUCUUCUUCUUCUUAUUUGUUUUUUAUAGAUAUUCUUGUUGAAUAAACUUAGAAUUAUUUCUUAAAUGGCAUAUAUUCCUACGUUCCCCAAACACAAAUAAUCUUGUUGAUUAAACAUACAUUUUACCUUUACAAAUCAAGCAAAAAUUAUGUUGCUGUAAUUUUGUUUUUUGGGGGGCAUUUUAUGCCUUUAUUUGAAACUCGACUCACUGAGCUAAACACCGCCACGUAUGUUGCUGUAAUCUUGUUUGAAAAAAGUAUUAAUAGAUGAAUAAUUAAUAAAGGAGACUACAGGAUAA